GCUGAUUACUUCUCUCGUUAUUAAUUUAUUUGACCAUAUUUAAAGAUCACUUGUUAGUGAACUCACCUUAAUAAUUAACGUUAAAUGUAGUCUUGGUCAUUAACAAUUAUUUUUAAAUAUACAAAUGAGUAAUUUUGGUUGUUAGUGUAUCUAUUUAAAUAAGAAAUGGAUCUUUUAAAAAUCGCCAAAAGCAAUUUAAGAAAAGAACUUAAAUGGAAAUUGUCAGAAAUGACUGCCAAAGAAAUAAAUGAACAAUCUAAAAUCAUAACUAAUAAAGUACUGGACAAUCCAUUAUACAAAAAUAGUAAAAGAAUAUCAGUUUAUUUAAGCAUGAAUAGUGAAGUUCAAACUAUUGAUAUUAUUAAAAACAUUUUUGUUUCUGCCAAAUCUUGUUUCAUACCAAAGUAUAGAGAAAAUGGUAUGAGUAUGGUAAAAGUCAAGUCAAUCAACGAUAUUAAAAAUUUACCAAAAACUAAAUGGAAUAUUUCACAACCUGCAGAUAAUGAUAUAAGAGAAGAUGCUUUACUUACAGGAGGAUUAGAUCUAAUUAUUUUGCCAGGAUUAGGAUUCUCAAAAGAUGGAAAACGUAUAGGCCGAGGAAAAGGUUAUUAUGAUAAAUGUAUUAAAUCUUACAAAGAAAUAUACCCUAAAAAUAAUUUAAUAACGAUUGGAUUAGCAUUCAGACAGCAAAUUGUUGUAGAAAUUCCAAUGGCAGACCAUGAUAGUGUAUUAGAUUUAGUAAUUUAUCCAGAUAUGGAUUGAUUUUUUAUUAUUUAUUGUUUUAUGAGUAAAUAAAAAUAAACAAUGUUUUCUAAAAAGUA